GGGGGAGGCGGCGGCGGCGGCGGCGACGCGGGGCUGCCGGAGGCGGAGAGGCGCGGAGGAGCCGCUGGGGCUGCCGCUACGGCCGCCCGGAGAUUUGUAAGACUCCAGGGCCUUCCAGCCGUGAAUAAUCUGAUGGUUCCUGACAUGACUGGGGAAACAGACGCUUCGUAUGGCAGUUGAAGAGUGUGUGUCUAUGUGCAUUUAAAACCUUCUUUCUGUACUUACACAUUCACACGGGAAGACAGGCUCAUUCUUGUGCACACUUGAGAGUUUUACAACUGAUGAAAAUUAAUUUAAGAAUCAGAUGGAGCAACUUGACACCACUGGGCUCAGGAGCCCGGGGAGAAAAAUACAUCACUAAUGGCCAAUUUUCCAUAUGGUCUGCAUGGGUAAAGAAAGUCUGCAAAAAGAAGAAAAAAAAAUUUGCACAGAUUAAGCCACAAAAAUACCUUCCAGUUUAAAGAAGGAACUAAGUGCGAAGGUGACUGAGAAAGAAGUGUGACUUCAAACAUUGCAGCGGCUCACACAGUGCUUGUUGCACUUUAUUUUUCAGUGGGUUUGGUGAUUUUGAUGGAUUAAAAUUCUGGACUGAAAAGUAACUCCUAUUGUGGUUAUGGCUAGAGGAAAGCAAGUUCAAGUAUGAUGGGACAAGUUUGAAUAAUGAACUUAUUCCUUUGCCUAUUUUAAUUAACUGUAUUUGAGAAAUUUUAAUUUAUUAUUUCCCCGUUUCUUUUCCUGCAUCUAUAGGAUAAUAUUGUAAAAUAGCAGUUGAAACCAAUAAUUAUAAAACAAAUAUCAAGGAAAAUCCAAGCAAAGCUUUCUUUUUUUUGGACGAGCGGUGUGGUGUUUGGAGACAGUCUGUGAAUGUGAACAGGAAAGCACCCAUCAGCAAAACACGAUCACUCUCUAGGGAGACAUUUGAGGGAAUCUGACUCUGGCUUCUGCUUUUGUUUUAAGGGAUUAUCUUCCCUGUCAAGUCCAAGAAGAUUUGCGUAUGAGAAGAUUACCUGAUGGACUUAAUUCUAAGAUUAGCUUUUUUCAUCAAGAUGGAAAAAGAUCUUUAGGAGCAGAAAAGGGGAGUGCUAACUGGGGGAGCGAGAAGGGAGACGAGCAAAAGAAAUAAAAUCUUGUAGCGUGGCUCUGUUUUGUCAGCAAGAGGAUUUAAGACUCACCCAAGGCAAACACUGGGACCACUGUAAGAGCGCUGGAACAUUCUGCCUCUUGAGUGAAGGGGCCUUCUUUCUAGCCUCUAUGGCACUGAGGGGUGUGCCGGCUGGUGGAGGAGUAGUCCGAUGGAGCCCUGCGUUCCCCGGGGACACAGGGCCAAGCUUUGAGGUGGAAAGUUUCUGGUUCUGAAACAACAGGGAGAGAGUCUGUUUUUCUUCCUAAAAUUUGGACUCUUGUCUGCACAAACUCUGGUCUGUUUUGCACGGUUUGUGUGCCUUUUUUCCCCUUUAUGCAAUCUUUUUCAGCUUUAGCAGCAGAAAUUUGUCUAGUUCAGAAAACAUGCUAGAGGGUGGCUUCCGAAGGAAGAUGAUCCUGUGUGUUCUGUCUCUGCGUCCGAACUUCUGAAGAGAAAAAUUUGAGCUAGAGGGAUUCUUAAAGCCUUAAGUUACUUGAAAUCUAUGUAUUUGCAACCCGUUGUCUCUGGAAUCAUUACACUAAACUGGAAUCUCAGGCUGAAUGAGAAUAACCAAGUGGAGUAAAAAGAAGAAAACCGUUUCUUGAUCACCACUUAAUUAACGAUGCUCUUUCUCCAAAGGAUCAGCACGUUCUUCCUCUGAGAACUUGAAAAUAAAAAUGGACCCCAUGUUUUUUUAAGCAUUACCUUUUCUUAGAAGACUGCCAUCAUCUUUUAUAGAGGAAUUUUUUCACUAUGCAUUCGGUGGAUCUUUAUAAAAUACUGACCUUCUAAUUAGAUUCAGGUCAGUCUUAAUUAAAGGGGGAAAAACUCAACGCAAACCAACCACAAAAACAAAUACACCAAUGAAAGAAAUUGGUUUAAAUUUCACAGCAUUAGCAUUACUUUUUAAGUAAAACAGUUCAUUGAAGAAAGUAUGUAUGCAGCGGUGGAACAUGGGCCUGUGCUUUGCAGUGACUCCAACAUCCUGUGCCUGUCCUGGAAGGGGCGUGUCCCCAAGAGUGAGAAGGAGAAGCCUGUGUGCAGGAGGCGCUACUACGAGGAGGGCUGGCUGGCCACGGGCAAUGGGCGAGGAGUGGUUGGGGUGACUUUCACCUCUAGCCACUGUCGCAGGGACAGGAGUACUCCACAGAGGAUAAAUUUCAACCUCCGGGGCCACAAUAGCGAGGUUGUGCUGGUGAGGUGGAAUGAGCCCUACCAGAAACUGGCCACGUGUGAUGCGGAUGGAGGCAUAUUCGUGUGGAUUCAGUACGAGGGCAGGUGGUCUGUGGAGCUGGUCAACGACCGCGGGGCGCAGGUGAGUGAUUUCACGUGGAGCCAUGAUGGAACUCAAGCACUUAUUUCCUAUCGAGAUGGGUUUGUCCUGGUUGGUUCUGUCAGUGGACAAAGACACUGGUCAUCCGAAAUCAACUUGGAAAGUCAAAUUACGUGUGGCAUAUGGACUCCUGAUGAUCAACAGGUGCUGUUUGGCACAGCUGAUGGGCAGGUGAUUGUCAUGGAUUGCCACGGCAGGAUGCUGGCCCACGUCCUCCUGCACGAGUCAGACGGCGUCCUCGGCAUGUCCUGGAACUACCCAAUCUUCCUGGUGGAGGACAGCAGCGAGAGCGACACGGACUCAGAUGACUACGCCCCUCCCCAAGAUGGUCCAGCAGCGUAUCCCAUCCCAGUGCAGAACAUCAAGCCUCUGCUCACCGUCAGCUUCACCUCAGGAGACAUCAGCUUAAUGAACAACUACGAUGACUUGUCUCCCACGGUCAUCCGCUCAGGGCUGAAAGAGGUGGUAGCCCAGUGGUGCACACAGGGGGACUUGCUGGCAGUCGCUGGGAUGGAACGGCAGACCCAGCUUGGUGAGCUUCCCAAUGGCCCCCUUCUGAAGAGUGCCAUGGUCAAGUUCUACAAUGUUCGUGGGGAGCACAUCUUCACACUGGACACUCUCGUGCAGCGUCCCAUCAUCUCUAUCUGCUGGGGUCACCGGGACUCGAGGCUGUUGAUGGCAUCAGGACCAGCCCUGUACGUGGUGCGUGUGGAGCACCGGGUGUCCAGCCUGCAGCUGCUGUGCCAGCAGGCCAUCGCCAGCACCUUGCGUGAGGACAAGGACGUCAGCAAGCUGACCCUGCCCCCCCGCCUCUGCUCCUACCUCUCCACUGCCUUCAUCCCCACCAUCAAGCCCCCAAUUCCAGAUCCGAACAACAUGAGAGACUUUGUCAGCUACCCAUCAGCCGGCAAUGAGCGGCUACACUGCACCAUGAAGCGCACAGAGGACGACCCAGAGGUGGGCGGCCCGUGCUACACGCUCUACCUGGAGUACCUGGGCGGGCUUGUGCCCAUCCUCAAAGGGCGGCGCGUCAGCAAGCUGCGGCCGGAGUUUGUCAUCAUGGACCCGCGGACGGAUAGCAAACCAGAUGAAGUCUAUGCGAACAGCUUGAUUUCUACUGUGAUCGACAGCUGCAACUGCUCAGACUCCAGUGACAUUGAACUGAGUGAUGACUGGGCUGCCAAGAAAUCUCCCAAAAUCUCCAGAGCUAGCAAAUCACCCAAACUCCCAAGGAUCAGCAUCGAGGCCCGCAAGUCCCCCAAGCUGCCCCGGGCUGCUCAGGAGCUCUCCCGGUCCCCGCGGUUGCCCCUGCGCAAGCCCUCUGUGGGCUCGCCCAGCCUGACUCGGAGAGAGUUUCCUUUUGAAGACAUCACUCAGCACAACUAUCUUGCUCAGGUCACGUCUAAUAUCUGGGGAACCAAAUUUAAGAUUGUGGGCUUGGCUGCUUUCCUGCCAACCAACCUCGGUGCAGUAAUCUAUAAAACCAGCCUCCUGCAUCUCCAACCGCGGCAAAUGACCAUUUAUCUCCCAGAAGUUCGGAAAAUUUCCAUGGACUAUAUUAAUUUACCUGUCUUCAACCCAAAUGUUUUCAGUGAAGAUGAAGAUGAUUUACCAGUGACGGGAGCAUCUGGUGUCCCUGAGAACAGCCCACCUUGUACGGUGAACAUCCCUAUUGCACCGAUCCACAGCUCGGCUCAGGCUAUGUCCCCCACGCAGAGCAUAGGGCUGGUGCAGUCCCUGCUGGCCAAUCAGAAUGUGCAGCUAGAUGUCCUGACCAACCAGACGACAGCUGUAGGAGCAGCAGAACAUGCAGGUGACAGUGCCACCCAGUACCCAGUCUCCAACCGGUACUCCAAUCCUGGACAGGUGAUUUUCGGAAGCGUGGAAAUGGGCCGCAUCAUUCAGAACCCCCCUCCACUGUCCCUGCCUCCCCCGCCGCAGGGGCUCAUGCAGCUGUCCACGGUGGGCCAUGGAGACCGAGACCACGAACACCUGCAAAAGUCAGCCAAGGCCCUGCGGCCAACACCGCAGCUGGCAGCUGAGGGGGACGCAGUGGUCUUCAGUGCCCCCCAGGAGGUCCAGGUGACAAAGAUGAACCCUCCACCCCCAUACCCAGGAACCAUCCCCGCCGCCCCCACCACAGCAGCACCCCCGCCCCCUCUGCCGCCCCCACAGCCCCCAGUGGAUGUGUGCCUGAAGAAGGGCGACUUCUCCCUCUACCCCACGUCAGUGCACUACCAGACCCCCCUGGGCUAUGAGAGGAUCACCACCUUCGACAGCAGUGGCAACGUGGAGGAGGUGUGCCGGCCCCGCACCCGGAUGCUGUGCUCCCAGAACACCUACACCCUCCCCGGCCCGGGUAGCUCCGCCACCUUGAGGCUCACAGCCACUGAGAAGAAAGUCCCCCAGCCCUGCAGCAGUGCCACCCUGAACCGCCUGACCGUCCCUCGCUACUCCAUCCCCACCGGGGACCCACCCCCGUAUCCCGAAAUUGCCAGCCAACUGGCCCAGGGGCGGGGGGCUGCCCAGAGGUCCGACAAUAGCCUCAUCCACGCUACCCUGCGGAGGAACAACCGUGAGGCUGCGCUCAAGAUGGCCCAGCUGGCCGACAGCCCGCGGGCCCCCCUGCAGCCCCUGGCCAAGCCCAAGGGCGGGCCUGGGGGGCUGGUGACACAGCUCCCAGCGCGGCCCCCACCUGCUCUGUACACCUGCAGUCAGUGCAGUGGCACGGGGCCCAGCUCGCAGCCUGGAGCCUCCCUGGCCCAUACUGCCAGCACCUCCCCAUUGGCCUCCCAGUCCUCCUACAGCCUCCUGAGCCCACCCGACAGCGCCCGUGACCGCACCGACUACGUCAACUCCGCCUUCACAGAGGACGAGGCCCUGUCCCAGCACUGUCAGCUUGAGAAGCCCCUGAGGCACCCUUCCCUGCCUGAAGCUGCUGUCACCCUGAAACGGCCACCCCCUUACCAGUGGGACCCCAUGCUGGGUGAGGACGUUUGGGUUCCUCAAGAAAGGACAGCACAGACUUCAGGGCCCAACCCCUUAAAACUGUCCCCUCUGAUGCUGAGUCAGGGCCAGCACCUGGAUGUGUCCCGACUGCCCUUCAUCUCCCCCAAGUCUCCUGCCAGCCCCACUGCCACUUUCCAAACAGGCUAUGGGAUGGGAGUGCCAUAUCCCGGAAGCUAUAACAACCCCCCUUUGCCUGGAGUGCAGGCUCCCUGCUCUCCCAAAGAUACCCUGUCCCCGACACAGUUUGCACAACAGGAGCCUGCUGUGGUCCUUCAGCCAGUGUACCCGCCUAGCCUCUCCUAUUGCACCCUGCCCCCCAUGUACCCAGGAAGCAGCACAUGCUCUAGUUUACAGCUGCCACCUGUCGCCUUGCACCCAUGGAGUUCCUACAGCGCCUGCCCGCCCGUGCAGAACCCCCAGGGCACUCUCCCCUCAAAGCCACACUUGGUGGUGGAGAAGCCCCUUGUGUCCCCACCACCUGCCGAACUCCAAAGCCACAUGGGCACAGAGGUGAUGGUAGAAACUGCCGACAGCUUCCAGGAAGUCCUCUCCCUGACCGAAAGCCCAGUCCCCCAGCGGACAGAAAAAUUUGGAAAGAAGAACCGGAAGCGCCUGGACAGCCGAGCAGAAGAAGGCAGCGUUCAGGCCAUCACUGAGGGCAAAGUGAAGAAGGAGGCUAGGACUUUGAGUGACUUUAAUUCCCUUAUCUCCAGCCCACACUUGGGGAGAGAGAAGAAGAAAGUGAAGAGUCAGAAAGACCAACUGAAGUCAAAGAAGUUGAAUAAGACAAACGAGUUCCAGGACAGCUCCGAGAGUGAGCCUGAGCUGUUCAUCAGCGGGGAUGAGCUCAUGAACCAGAGCCAGGGCAGCAGAAAGGGCUGGAAGAGCAAGCGCACCCCACGGGCUGCUGGCGAGCUGGAGGAGGCCAAGUGCCGGCGGGCCAGUGAGAAGGAGGACGGGCGGCUGGGUAGCCAAGGCUUUGUGUACGUGAUGGCCAACAAGCAGCCGCUGUGGAAUGAGGCCACCCAGGUCUACCAGCUGGACUUCGGGGGGCGGGUGACCCAGGAGUCUGCCAAGAACUUCCAGAUCGAGUUAGAGGGGCGGCAGGUGAUGCAAUUUGGACGGAUUGAUGGCAAUGCGUAUAUUCUAGACUUCCAGUACCCAUUCUCAGCCGUGCAGGCCUUUGCAGUUGCCCUGGCCAACGUGACUCAGCGCCUCAAAUGAAGAGACUGGUGUGGGGAGGAGAGAGAUGCAGAGAGCCUUUGGAAGAGGUCUUCGGAGAUGCCAGAGGAGCCCUGAAGGGGCCGGAUACCUGGGAGGACCAGAAGCCAACAGCGAAACUGGAAAAGCCCAGCAGGCCCAGGAGAGGGCGCUGACCUGUGGUCAUCAUUUAUUUGGUUGGGCUUUAUUACCUUUUAUUGUCUGUUCUUCUUUUCUUCUUUCAUUUCAGUGGCAUUUGGAAGCAAAGAGUGCUAGGCACCUGCUGUUCUUUCCGGAAACGUAGCUUGGCUGUGGUAAUGCUCUACUGGGCCCUUCAGAAUGAAGACAGACUGCCUUAGAGCCUGCUAUUCUUUCACACAUAGGGAGGAUGCAUUCUCAUGCAUUCUCCUCCAACAUCACCACUAGUGUAAAAGCAAAAAGCUUUUACAAAAUUCUGAAGAUACAGGUUCUUGGGGAACGGGGUGGGGACAGCAUUUGAUUUACACCAAUUAUGUUACUCCCCAAAAGGUGACUUAAUUAAAAUCGGGCAUUUGGGCAGACACACUGUGUUGGACCAACAAAGUAGGAUCUUUUCGGGGUGUUCUCACCAGGUAGAAAUGUGAUUUGCUCAUUGAGGAUGUUGGGGAAGGGACGAAGGGAGAAGAAGAAACUGCACAUAUACACGGGUUCACAUCACUCUGCAGACAGCGGUGUGACUCAACGUGUGACUUGUAGCAGCAGUACGAGGGCUACACUCCUGUGCUGACGAUGUUUACAUUGAAAGCCUCCACUAGUUUCAUCGUAUGUCAAAGUUCCGUAGGAUCAGUGAUGAUCAUUCAGUAUGCCUGGUUCUGGGAGAAGGUGAGAGACAAUGGAAAGAUCCUGGCCUGUGGUAGUGGUAGCAGUUUUCUCAAAUAAUGUGGUAGCAGUCACUAGAUCCCCACAUGCUGAGAAACAGCCUCUACUCUCUCUGCCCUUUUACUUUUUAAUCUGGAACACAUUACUGUAAACGUGAUCUUUCCCGUGAGAUAUCCUGUUCUAUGCCUUCCCAUUCUAAAAGUGUGGAUGAGGCUUGAUUUAAAACCACUCCUUUUCUCCUCUUGGCUACAUUAAAAUUCAGUUGACUACAAAUGCUUUCUAUGAAAUUAUAAAUGUUACCAAAAAAAUGUUAAGUGUUCACCAGGGUAUUAAAAUACAUGACUAUGGUCAAAUCUUUGACAAAAUUUUCAUGAUCUUCUUUAAGAAAAAAAGUUGUUUAUUAACUGUACAGACUGUUUACUAAGGAGCUAAACCACUGAGAAAACGUUGUUAAAAUUAUACCUAGGUAGUUGGUUGAUCACACUUUGUUAAUUGUAUUAAAAAAAAAAAACUACCUAGAAUAUCUCUUCCCACUUCCUCCUCCUCAUGAGAACCUGUGGGCAGUGUUCAAGCCCUGAGGAUAAAACCCAGUGAUUUUUGUUGUUGUUUGUUUUUGUUUUUGUUUUUUCAGUUAUUCUUACCUGUGAUGUUGUUUAGGAUCAGGCCCCUCUCCUGGGCCUGCUGUGCAGGAGCCUGCACAGGAACUAUCUGCUGGCGUUGGGUUCCAAAUUUGGAUUUUAUUUGGAAGCAGACAAGUAGAAGAUGCUACAGAAAAGUAUUUUCAAAUUUAAAAGUUUUUUUAAUCCCCUGUUUUAGUUAAAAGUUACAAAAGAAACCGACCCAUUUUUUUCCCAGAACAAGAUGACAUGACAUCACUCCUGAUUCUCUCCAAACCCCAAAGAAAUACUGACGAGGUUUUCUGAUAUGGCAAAGGACAUCUCCCAUGUAAUACCAGGGUUUCUCAUUUAUAUUUAAAGUAUUGGGCCUGAUAUUUUUAGUGGGUGCAUUCUUCCAGAAAGAAUUUAGCAAUGUUAUCAGAAUUAAUUCUUUUAUAUGAGUUUCUGUAGCUUGAUAUGGUGUUUCAGUGCUUAUUAGUUGUGCAAUAAUGGUUAUAGCCUGUCAGAUAAUUUAAAUGCAAUUCCCCUGUUUUAUUGUCUAAGAGAUAAUUAUUUAUCUUGCUUUUCAUAGUGUUCUUAGGAAUUAUUUUGUGUUAUGUUUUGGUGAGUUAUGCCCAUUUUAUUUAUUUAGAAAAACAGUAUCUUUGUAAUGACUUACUUGGUUGCAGUAUAUUUUGCUGCAAGAAAUAGGAUAUGACAGAAGGUUUUUUUUUUUUUUUUUUUUUUUUGAGACGGAGUCCCACUCUUGUCACCCAACUGGAAUAUAGUGGCACAAUCUCGGCUCACUGCAGCCUCUGACUCCAGGGUUCAAGUGAUUAUUUUGCCUCAGCCUCCCAAGCAGCUGGGAUUACAGGCACCCACCACCACCCUUGGUUAAUUUUUUUGUAUUUUUAAUAGAAAUGGGGUUUCGCCAUGUUGGCCAGGCUGGUCUUGAACUCCUGACCUCAGGUGAUCUGCCCGUCUCGGCCUCCCAAAGUGCUGGGAUUACAGGCGUGAGUCUCCACGCCUGGCCGAUAGAAGGUUUUUUGCUGGGCAAUUUAACUUUCUAAUUGAGAAAAAAUUCAUUUUAAUCAUUUAAAAAUCUUUUUUUAAAUUUUGUGUUAUUGAUUCUAUACAAAGGAGACUUUUUUUGAGAUAACACUCAAAUACUAUUCUCUCUUCUUUUGAAAAUUUUAUUUUUAUCUGAAAAUAAAAGGUGAUCUGAAAUAAAAAGGGGAGGCCUAUUAGAAUGAGAGUAGCCAAGGAAAGAAUUACUAGGUAAUAAGCUUCACUUUCUGUGUUCUAAUUGCUUUUGAGAUAUAAAGACCCUGAAAAAGCCUGUUUGGAACCUGUUUAAUAAGAGCAAAUAUAGGGGAAAAUCCUUGAAAUGAAAGUUACAAAUAUAUGUGAGAAGAAAAAAAUGGAUUUUUUAAGCAAAUAAUUAACUAAGCUUCUAAAUUCCUAGCUCACUCCCCAAAAGGCAUUUUUCCCCAAUGGAGGCACAGGCUUCUGUCUCAGAUGUGUGGCACGCAUGAGUUUGUACCGGAGUGACCCCAGCAGCCACUGCUCAACUCCUCUCUCCCAGAGGCCUGAAAAGAGAGGCUGCCCUCCUGCGCCAAGGCAGGCGUAAGCUGCGGGCUGUACGCUCCUAGUAGGGUGACUUUUCACUUAAUGGUGGUGGUCUUAUUUUCAACUACGGUUUCAUUCAGUCAGGCUCUGUUGACUAAAUACGACGAAAAUUUAUACUUUAUGCAGGAGAUUUCUAAAAAUUUUAUGUUUAUUAAUAGUUUAUGAAUAUCAAGAUACCUCAUUGAAUCCCUAAAUUUAAAAGCAGUCCAGUAAAAGGUUAACUGUAUAAAGAAUCUAUGACUUCUUGAGGGAAGUAUGAUAUAUUAACAAAUACAAUUCUAAAUUUGUUUUAGCUCUAACCUCAUCAAACCAAAGGCACAGAUUUGUGUACAAUAUACCCAUUGAAUGUAUAUCCCGAGAAAAACUAGGGCCAAAGAAGCCGGAAAAUCUCAAAGCUCUAAUGGCAGCAUAAAUCAAAGAAUUUUGCAGGCUAAUAUUUUUUAUCCAUAGUCAUUGCUCCCUUGUCAAGUGUCCCACAAGGACAUGGAAGAAUGUGUUAUGUUCAUCCUGUACUCGUAGCAAAAAGUCAGGAAACCCCAGGGUCAAGCCUGCUCUGCCACAAGGUUGGAGGGUGAUCUUGGGCAAGUCCCUGGGGCUGGCUAGACCUCCAUUUGUCCAUCUGUGAAAUGAAAGGGUCAGCUUGGACAACCCUCUAAACUCCCUUACAGCUCUCACAGCCUAAGAGCACAACACUAAACAGCCUCAUCAUUCCACUUUUCAUGGGAAGUGUAUUUCACAACAUUGCCUUUGUGGAGAGAAAUAUUUCUUUUCCUGUGUUAAUGAGCUAUGUACUGAAUAUAAACCAGUGCAUUUAAAGUAAUAUCUUUAGAAAAUACACCUCUAAAUGCAUUUGGAAUUGUGUUCUCAUAGAAUACACAAAAGUACUGAUUCUAGGUAAGAGGAGUCUCCACGUGUGUGCCCUGCUCAGCUGGGUGUCCAUGAGAACAGCCCUGAAAUAAGUCACUACUCGUCCCCAAAACCACAGGAAUAUAUACCUAGGUCACCUCAAAUUCCUGAGUGUGCUCUGCCAUGUUACACAGUCUUCAAAUUCAACAGACUUCUUGAAAAGGAAAGUUUGGCCCAGUAACUGUGGAGAAGGAGUCCAUGGUGUCGCUGUGGGCCUGUAUCAUUUGGCCAAGUCAAUGGUUGUAAGCAAAGUUAGUGGAGACAAAAAUGUGUCCAAAAUGUCGUUUGAGUUCCUGGGAUUUCUGUAACAGCACAACUCAGAACUCUUCAGCAUUUGUGUGAUUCCUUACCUCUGGCUGAUAAAACUCUGAUGGGUUGUGGCUUACUUUGUUUCCAUUUUCUUUGGCUUUGUGCAAUUUUUGUGUAACUUGUACCUAUAUUUUCUGUUUACAGUUCUUUUUAAGGGGAGGGGUAGGGUUCUAAGAUCUUGUUGUUUAUUGUAGAUAAACAUUUUUUCGUGUUGUAGAAAAGCAUGGGUUAUGCAUUUGACUGAAAAAGGCACUGUAUUAUUUACCAAAGGGGUAUUGUUUUUGCAUUUGUUUAUAAAUGCAUUAUUUUGGUACUGUAAAUUUGGACAUAAUUUCUGAGUUUAUUACUACUGGCAUUUUCUUGUUUCCCUUUUUUUUUUUUUUUUUUUUUUUAACCAUAAGUGCGCGAUGCAGGUGCAUAGGUCCCAGACCAAACUAGACCACCAGCAUGUUCAUGUCCAGACCUCGGCAGUGGCGUGCACUGCUUGUGCACCUCAGUUCCUCCAGUGUUGGUUUGUUUGUUUUUAAAUUCAGCAUCCUGCUUUGUUUUACUUUACAAGCAAGAUCUGUUGUGAUUCCCAAAUGCGUUUUAAUGAUCUCAUCCUUAUUUGCCUCUCUUCUUAUGUAUUUUGUGUAUUAGAUUGUGCAGGAGAUAUUCUAGAAGGCAUUAAUGGUUUGCAUUCAAAACGAUGUGGUUUGUCCAAGUUAUUUUCUGUCUUUAUUAUUGAGAUGGAUUAAUCUCCUUAUUUUUUUCUUGAUGAUUUGAAGUUGUAAGAGUUGUCCAGCUAUUGCUUAAUAAAAUUUUGCAGAUCAAAAAAA